AUGAAGACCUUUCUUCUGCUAGCAGCUUUUGGAUUUUGCUGGGCGCAAUACAACCCAAAUACAAAUUCUGGGAGGACAUCUAUUGUCCACCUAUUUGAAUGGUGUUGAGCUGACAUUGCUAUUGAAUGUGAAUGAUAUUUAGCACCCUAUGGAUUUGGUGGAGUUCAGAUAUCGCCUCCAAAUGAAAAUAUUAUUGUCAAUAACCCCUGGAGACCGUGGUGGGAAAGGUACCAGCCCAUCAGCUACAAACUGUGCACCCGAUCUGGAAAUGAGCAUGAAUUUAAAGACAUGGUGACCCGAUGCAACAAUGUUGGAGUUCAUAUUUAUGUGGAUGCUGUAGUUAACCACAUGUGUCGAGCUACUGGUGGGUCUGGAAACGGAACUACUUGUGGAAGUUAUUUCAAUGCAGACCACAGAGAUUUUCCAUCUGUCCCAUACUCAGCCUGGGACUUUAACGAUGGCAAAUGUAAAACUGAAAGUAGACAGAUUGAAAAUUUCAAUGAUGUGUAUCAGGCUCGUGACUGCCGCCUGCUUGAUCUUCUUCAUCUUGUCCUGGAGAAGGACUAUGUGCGCUCAAAAGUUGCUGACUUCAUGAACCACCUUAUUGAUAUUGGCGUGGCAGGCUUCAGAAUUGAUGCUUCCAAGCACAAUUUGCAUGCAGAGAUUUGUUUAUUUGCUGUGCCCAGUUCAAAUAUGGUGCAAAACUGGGGACCAUCAUCCGCAAAAGAUUUUUCUUACUUUUGUCAGGUGAUUGAUUUUGGUGGAGAGGCAAUUAAGGCUAGUGACUACUUUGGAACUGGCCGAGUGACUGAGUUCAAAUAUGGUGCAAAACUGGGGACCAUCAUCCGCAAAUGGGAUGGAGAAAAGAUGGCCUAUUUAAAGAACUGGGGAGAAGGCUGGGGUUUCAUGCCCUCUGACAGAGCCCUUGUCUUUGUGGAUAAUCAUGACAACCAAAGGGGACAUGGUUCUGCGGGACCUUCUAUUCUUACCUUCUGGAAUGCCAGACUAUAUAAAAUGGCAGUUGGUUUCAUGCUUGCUCAUCCUUAUGGAUUCACACGGGUAAUGUCAAGCUACCGGUGGACAAGACAUUUCCAGAAUGGAAAGGACGUUAAUGACUGGAUAGGACCACCAAGCAAUGGUGAUGGUUCCACCAAAGCUGUUACAAUCAAUGCAGAUUCCUCAUGUGGUAACGGCUGGGUCUGUGAACAUAGGUGGCCUCAAAUAAGGAACGUGGUGAUUUUCCGUAAUGUGGUUAAUGGCCAGUCUUUGUCAAACUGGUGGGACAAUGGUAGCAAUCAAGUGGCUUUUGGGCGUGGUAAUAAAGGCUUCGUCGUCUUUAAUAACGAUGAUUGGAACUUGAAUGUAAAUUUUCAAACUGGCCUUCCAGCUGGCGCUUAUUGUGAUGUUAUUUCUGGGCAAAAGGAGGGCAACUCCUGUACUGGAAUCAAAGUCAAUGUUGGUUCCAACGGCAUUGCCAGUUUCCAGAUUAGUAAUCAGUCUGAAGAUCCUUUCAUUGCAAUACAUCUGAAUGCUAAAUUGUAAUGUAAGCUGGAUGCAUUUCUUCCCUUGGUUAUUCACACUGCACUUUUUUUUUGGUUUUGUUUUGUGUAGCAUGCAGCAAUGAAUGAUCUUUUAAUUAAGAAGUAAAUAGCAGUGGAGCAAAACUGUUGUGAGUUUCAUUAAUGAAAUUAAGUGUAACUAUUUGUACUCUCAGCACGUAACUGAUAGAAAUACUAAAGCAUGUUUGUAAAAGAUAACAUAUCUGGCCAACAGAGUAGUUUACAAUUAGCAGUACUAGCUUGUUUCAGCUGGAGCAAAGAGAACGAAAAUUUGAAGAGUGGUCACCUGAGCACUGUUUAAUACCAUCCGGGGGCUAAAAGUUGUGUAAA